ACUGCCUAAUCUACUGCGUUUGUUCACAAAGAAGGGCGCAAUUUUUUUCUGCUCCGAGUUUUUCGUCCAUUUUCGCAAUUUUUGGCGGACCAGGGGCAGCAUUUCCCACCCGGCAGUUUCCCAAGGACCUUGUUCGGCCAUUCCGACUGUCUGGAUCCGUCUGGACGGUCAAUAGGUGCAAUUUUGGCGAGGUUUUUUGGAGCGGGCGUUAUGUUCAUGGCGGCUGAUCUGCAAGCUUCUGACAGCUCACAGGACGUUUGUUCGAUGUUUUCGUCGUCCGUUUGCAGAAUAGCCACGCGAAUAAGCCUCAAGGAGACGCGACAUAAAGGACAGAGAGCCCUGCCGAGCAGUUUUAGCGGGAAGAACUUCAGCAGUUGCGAGCCGUGUUCGAGUAACCGCUCGUUUUAAGCUCAGAAAACAGGAAACUCAAGUUUUUGACUGUCUGAAGAAGGAAAAGGCGGUCCGGACAACUACUCAAGACAGUACUACUGCUCCUUAAAGUAACUCUUAUUAUUUUUGUGGUAUUUGCUGAACGAAUCGGACGUCAAGACGCCAUGAAGCUUCUGGAGAACUCUUUCUUUGAGGCCCUGAACUCGGCUUUGUGUGUGGAGAUGGGCGAUAGCAGGAUCUAUGGAAGACUGGAGAGCUACUCCUGCAAGAUGGCAGGUAACGACAAGCGUCUGUUCAAGAUGUUGAGCCAGGAGGGAGGAGGUGGGCCCAACGAGCUUCAGGCCCUCUCCCCGCCGCAGACCAUGUCGGUCAGCCCGAGUCGCGCCGCGUCGUACAGCAGAAGCACCAGCGACGAGGGGGAGGGCCCGCUCUGCGACACCUGCAGCAGGAAAACCAUCUUCUACCUGAUCGGGACGCUCAACACGUCAUUUGCACCUGACUACGAUUUCAGUGAUGCUAAGAGUCAUGAGUUCAGCCGUGAGCCCAGCCUGCAGUGGGUGACGACCACCAUCGACACGCAGCUGUCCAUGGGGCUGGGGGAGAAGUACACAGUCCUGCGCCCUCAGCUCUGGGCUACCAUCGACAAGGAGAUCACACUCGCAGACUGUGACAUUUACAGCUACAACCCUGACCUGACCUCUGACCCGUACGGUGAGGAGGGGUGUGUGUGGUCCUUCAACUUCUUCUUCUACAACAAGAAGCUGAAGAGGAUCGUCUUCUUCACAUGCAGGGCCGCCAGCCUGUCGGCCCAGCCCAGUGUGACUGACUCCGGCCUGGGACAUGACCUGAGUUUUGAUGAGGGGGAUGAGGAAGACAUGAUGGAGUGUCACGGGGGCAGCCAGGAGGUCGAAAGGUGGUCGCCUGAAAACGACAUGGACUGAGCCAGAAAGCUACCAUGUUAGGAGUUGUGCCAGGUGCAGGUCACACGUGGGACACUAGAGGGGGCUUCUGACCACUGGCACUGAUGGUUCUUUGCAGCUUGCAGCAGUUAAAAGCUGUGGAGAGCAAGAGUAACGAUAGAUGUGCUUAUACAUGUACUUUGGUUGAGUGCAGCUUCUUUGAAGUUUGACAUAUCAGAUUAUUUUGGAUUUUGCACUUAUACUUUAGAAGAAGUACAUGUCAAGUUGUAUGCCUCUUGAGAUGAUAUUAAAGAAGAUUUUUCAGCUUUUUCUUUUAAUUUUCGAGCACCAAUAGUCAGUACAUGUUUCAGAUUUGCACAUUUUGAAGACUCUUAUACUAUAGGUGUAUAAGGAGUCCAGUAGUAACAGUGAAGGUGAAACUGUACAGUGAACUAGAGAUUAGCAGUAGUUUUGGUUGGAUCUGGUAAAAACAAUGUACACUUUAUGAUGUACAUGUACAUGGAUGUACAAUAAGCAGCCCACUAGUGUGAAGUUUUUGGGCAGUGUAUUGAACUUCAUAUUUGGAUUCGUUUUUUCGUUUCUCACCUUAGAUUUUUAUUGUCAUUUAAGUUUUGCGUUUUUUAGUAGGGUGAAGGAACUUUUGGUGAAACGUUUAAGAAUGUCAUGUUGCUUGCUGGUUCCUGUUGAGAAGACAGCUUGGUUGUUUAAGGCUUUGUAUAUGCCAAGAUAGUUUCAACUCAAUCCAGUAUUGUUCUGUGUUAGUUACAUGUUUGUCCUUGUUGUGGUUGCACCUAUUUCCUACUCUCCAUCUAGAGGUUUUGGUUACGGGUUAUUUUGUUUUUUCUUUUGCAGCCUUUCCUUUUGCUGCCACCUCUAAGGAAACUUAGAAACGUAGGAAAGGCUAAAAAAAACUCAAAAUAACCCGGACUAAAACCUCUGCUUGUUUCCAUGUCUGUUCUUACUUUAGUAAACUAAACUUGUAGCUUCUUGUAGCUGAAACUUCAGAUUUUACAUUUUAACAUAAAUCUUCAAGAUCAGUUUAUUUUUUCUACAAAUUAAAAUCAUAACAUGAUCUAGUCCGUAGAACUUUCAGUCCUUAUUGCUUUACUAGUGAUGUAUUGAUAUAAUACUUGGGUACCAAACAAACAGGUAAAUUGAAGGUGUAUAUAUUAUAUAUAGUGUCAGUGUCUUCUGUCCUGUACUUAAACUCUGAAAAGGAAUGCAGUACUCCCGUAUGUGUACAUAACUCUGGACAGGGCUGGACUUCAGAAAAGAAGCUGCUUAUGUUUGCUGUAUGGAAAUAAAAAACUUUUUUUAUACAAAAGAA